GCAGGUUACUAACUAAAAUGGCGGAUAUUUCGAAAUUCGAAGGUCCAAUUCCGAAAAAAGAAUUGGCCACGACCACCACAGUAGAAGAUUACGAGUACGUUACUCAGUUUUUUGGAUUCACACCGGUCUCACUUAUCGACGGUAUUUACAAUGCUGUUAAUGUUUACAUUAAAGAAUUCUUCAAAGAAGUUGGGAAGGUUUUGGAAGAGGAACUCGCUAAAGAUGACCCAGUUUCUAGUUUUAAAAUACAAGAUGGUUGUAAGGAUUUGAUUAAAAGCUAUCAAAAUGUCGACAAAGGAAUUGAUCGAAUGGAGAUGUUUUUGAUUAGAAAUGUUCUCUCGAUUCCAUCGGAUAUUUUGUUACCCGAGGAUGAGGUUCAUGGAAGAUAUAAAGACGAUAAAAUUGAUGAGAAUGAAACGUCCCUCGAUGAAGAAAUCCAUCAACUGAAACAUGAUAUUCUUGAAGAAGUUCGCUUUCGACAGCUUUUCCUUAAAGAAAAGAACAAGUUAGGGGUUAUACUAGAUGAAGUUAAAAGGUUAGAGCAAUGGUUUGAUCAGAUAAAUGAUGUACUCAAUAAAAAUGGCAUAAAAGAAGCACUCAACCUUGUUUUGAUGACAAGAUCAAAAGUCACUAAACUUCUUGAAAACAAAAGUUCAUAAUACAAGUUUUGUAUUAAGUUUCUUAUUACAGGUGACUUGUAUCAGUUGUAUGAGACCAGAGACAGAUGAUUAACUUUUUAUAUUGUGAUAAAAAGUAGCAAAGUAAGACUUUGUAACAAAGUAAAGGAAUGAAGUCUUAGCGAUACACCUAACAAUAAUUUCACCAAAAUUAUAGAAGCUAAAGUAAAUUCUGCCAUGAACAACUACUGUGUAUUUGUAUGUGAAAUAUUAGUAAGGUAAAUGAACAUUUAAUCAUAAUUUUUUUACAAUGUACACUUUGCAUCAUAAAUUGCUGUGGAUAUGAAAGAAGACUAUAGAACUUGCUAGCCACUGCAGCAUUUGCAUGAGAAAACAAGCAUCUAAUUGUUUUGUGAUAGAUUUAAGAUAAUUGUUAUGUAUGAGAAGUUUAUUUAAUGAAAAUCAUUACAUUUUUCUCUGUCAUGAGGGCAGUUGAUAAGGUAA